AUGUCGUGUUCUAAAUCAAUAAGUUAUGUUUUGGGAGAUAAGAAAUCUAACGAUCUGCCGCAUUAUUUCGUCGAGUUAACUGAAUCUCACUUGGCAGUCUUUGAAAUGUUAAACUCGAUGUGUUUACUAGAUGAUUAUGACCACCUUUUGUUCUAUUUGGAAUGUCAAAUAAAUGAAACUAAAAUUUUGACAAUACCGCCCUUUGAUAUAUGUUUGAUUUUGAUGACGUUAGUAACAAUAUCCGGUCAUUAUAAAGAACAAUUCUUAAGAACUAGUGAUACUUAUAAUUUUACAAGAGAAACCAUGAAUAAUCGUGCUAUCAAGAUCCUUAGAUUCUAUUUGAAAGUACUUAGGGAUUUUGACACAGAUAAAUAUCAGCAAUACGAUUUAGAAUUAUUAAGGUGUCAAUUCUUCUUGGCUAUCGACACCCUAAUACCAAAAACUCUCCGUAAGAAAUUCUUCCGUUCCAAACGUAUGAAAGUUGAUACUUCGAGAGUUCUGUAUGUAGAGAAACUCGAAGAUGACACGAUAUCGCUAGGUACUAUUGAAAAUCCUUAUAGAUCAUAUAUUAGUUGCUUGGAGCAAAAGAAAACAGUAAUAGGGAAUACGUUAUUAACCUUGAAACUCAGUGAGCCGGGUGAAUUUAUUAAUAUGAUCCUUUGGACCUUAUUAACUUCGUUACAAGAUGAUACAGCGUUGUACACUUCUUGUCACGACGUAUGGAUACCGCUUUUGGAUAUACUGAUAGAUCUUUUUGACUUAAAGCAUAAAUAUUUUCUGAGAAACGAAAUUGUAAGAGGUAUAAGUGCUACACUGUUUGUUCAAAGACUUACUGAAAGUCCCCUGGCAUUAUUUUUUCGAUCAUUUGGUACCACCCAAUUUACUGCCAGAUUCUGUGAAUACGUUUUUGUGAAUUGCUCUUAUAACUUAGAAUAUGAUGAUGAUUUCAAAACUGAGAUUCAUCCUGUUUAUAGAGGUGAAAACCGCUUAUCCAACUUGUACAUUCCAAGAAUGAGAUAUACUAAGAUGUAUAAGAUUAGGAAGUCUUUAUCAUUAAGGAGAAAUAUUGUUGGUGCAUGUUUGAAACUACUUGUGACUGUUCCUAACAAGCACAUUUUAACUUCACCAAGAAUUGCAUCAGAUACAUUAAUUGAUCAAAUAUGCGUAACACUUGCCAAAUUUUCUGAUGUUGACCAAUUUAAAUCAUUUUUUUUCACUGAUAGUCUAUCACAGGAACUAUAUUUUAUUCCAUUAUUGGCUGAAGGUACACUGGCAGAACUGUUCUACAAUUCAGGAAAAUUAGUGAAGAAUCUGGAUGAAAAACAACCAUUACGUUUUAUGGAAAAUCUAUCGAAUGUGGAUAAUUAUCUUUUAUAUUGUGCAGAUCUCUUCGAAAAGGGGUUCUUCAUGACAGAAAGCAAUCAACACAUAACAAAUGUUACGCUUACUGAGAUGAGAAAGACAGAUGUAUGUCUUCUUGUAUUACUAAGAUAUUUAUUGCAAUUUGAAAUGAAUCAUGCUAUCAUUAGUUUACCUGCUUACGGAAAGCUAUUAGAUACAAUUAAAAUUAAUGAUACAAAUAGACAACAAAUGUUAGCGACUCAUGAAUCAAAGAUAAAAAUACCACCAUUAUACCCUAUCGUUACACAGAUGUCACAGAAUUAA